CCCAAGUGAAUAUAAGAGAGUUGUGAGUUGGUAAACCUAUGACAAGCGUAGCCGCAACAGGUGUUAGUGACAAGUUUACUACUGAAGUUCAAAAGUUUGAAAUUACCGAUUAUCUUGUUUAGUGAUCACAAAACAUUAAUUUGUGGUGACGAUUUCAAAUUUUUUCGUGCUAUUUGUGUUACGGUCGUUGAUUGUUUUCAGCAUAUGGGGAUAAAAACAACGAAGGUGCGGCUACUGGCAGCAGUGUUUCUUCUGCCGCUGUGUGCUGCCAGCCUGUGUCCGUCAGGGCUCCAAUACUGGUCCACAGAGACGGAAUCUUGUGUCAAUUGCUCACGAUGCGACUCUGCAGCCAAGCAAGUGGUGAUCAGACCGUGUCAGGUGCACGUGGACACGGUGUGUGGACCUCUCUCCGACCUGAAUAUCGAUUGGUCUUGGCUCAAGCCAAGAGAUGACAAACACAAACACGCCGGGAAGCAUCAUGGGAAACAUCUUGUAGAAACCGAUGAUGUUACUGAGAAAAAACAUCACAAAAAAGGCCACAAACAUCAUUUCCUCCUAGACGAUGACAUGGAGAAAUUUCCUAUUCAUCACAGUGUGUUCGAUGAUGAGGUGGAGGAAUUUCCUCCAGUUACACAUCACGGUCAUAAACAUCACAAGCACGAUUCGCCCAAACUUAUAGACGAAGGAGGUCUUGAGACGGACAAGAAACCUGCUAAGAAACAUCAUCUCUUUUCAAAGAAUCUUCUCAGUGACGACUUCGAUACAAUUGACCACGAAAAAAUGCACAAACUACCUCCUCCACCACCUUUGAGGAGCACAGAAGAUUUGGAGAAAGAGUGGAAGGAAUGGCUGAUACGGUCAAAGAACAGAUUACAACACAGAAAAGACGACUUGCUGAAGAACUUACACAGAGAGAGUCCAUACAGUGAAAAACAUCAUUCGAAUUAUAAACUGAACCAUCCAAGUAUAAACUCCUUUGAUGACUUUAGUGGGGAGAUUUUUCAUCACAGUGCACAUCAUAAGGACCACCAGAACAAACACUUCUCACCCCUGGACUUGGAGAUCUUUGAUAAAUUGCUCAACCAUGAACACCAAAAGCAUGAAGAACGAAUGUCUCUGUCCCAUUUGUUGGAUCCAGAGAGCAAACACAUGAAUCUCUUAGACAUGAUGAAAUCUGAGGAACAUAAAAAUGACAAGGUAAAAGAACAUAAUGGCAACGACUUGAGUUUUCCAAUGGAUUCAUUUGACUUCCAGUCCGCUGUGCCGACUCAUAGGCUGUUCCUCGGUGAGCCCUCAACAAUAUCAGAGAUGAUGGACCAGGACUUGGCCGAGGACUCAGAGGAUGAGAGUCUCCCUGAAGACUCUAAUGCUGAUGUCGUGGCUGUUCCCUUCACUGCUGCUGAGAGGCUGGUGUGGGACUGGCAAGCUGUGGCACUGGCCUCCGCAGUAGCAGCUUGUCUUCUCUUCUUCGCGGUUGUUGCUGGCUACUCCAUUCUUCAUGUCAGGCAAUGGAGGAGGCUGAAGACCAACUUUGAUGCUGAUGUAGAGGAGAUCUCUGCCAAGAUGAGCCUCAUGUCCCACAGCUCGAGUGGCAGCAAUGGAGGGUCUGCUAUUGGCAGCAGUGCUGCAGAUGCUGCCAACACUAACCUCUAUCUGGAGAAGCUUCUUGAGAACAAGAAGACCACCAGUAACAUCUACACGCAGAAACGACCGUACUCAGAUCUCGUAUCUAAAGUAGAAAGUCCAUCUUAAUUUAUUAAAAGAUAAACGUACUUUCUUCAAGAGGUAAAUUUUCUCCCAUUAUUAGAACAUAUUUUUAUUUCUUACUUUAAAAAGCAACUGUUGACUUUAAUUUAGUAUUUCAUUUAUAAAUGUUUAAAGGAGUUAUUUACAAGCGGUUUAUUUGUAAAAAUAAAGUAAAUAAGUGUUCCCUUUGUCGUAUGAAAUGAUACAUUUUUAAUGUAAAAUGUAAACUGCAGUUAUAAUUCGCUUACUACGAUGUUUGUAAUGAGAAUUGUAUAACAUACAGUGGUACAAUUAAUUGGCUCCCUCAAUUCAGUGAAGUUGAAUCUCAGAUCUAAUAGCUUAGUUUCAAAACCCCUUUAUUCUUAAUGAAAUCAAAUCUAUGGUAUUUUUGUAUUCUACAUGAAAACGCACAAACAUUUAAAAUAUUUUAUUCAUUGUUUAUGGUUUAUAUUUCUGUGAUGUACGAUUGCUAAUUAAAUAUAAAUAAUUCCUCUCUAUUAUAUGUGUAAAUAUAUGGAAUAGUAAAUAAGAAAGGUCACAUUUAUGAAUCAUCACAAUUUACAGAUAAAUUAGGAUAGUAAUAAUAAUAAUAAUAAUAAGGUGUCAGCAGAUUAUAAACCUUCUUCCUUAUUCUAUUAUCUUUGUGCCUUAUGCCAUGAAAAUAAACAAUACUCAUUUUAUUGUUAUUUUAUAUAAAUCUUUUAUAGUAGUAAUUUUAUAAAUACUUUACAGUAUUAAUAUAGUAGUAUUAAAGACAUGCAGUUUACUUCAAACUGUUAUGUUGUGUAAAAGUAGCCAGUGUGUGCUAAUGUAUUUUUAAUUAUGUAUAUUUUCAAAAAUUGAUAAUAUCUUUUUUAUAAUAUAAUCAUUACGUUAGAUUUAUAUCUCCAUGAUAUUUGCAUUUUAUAUCUAAGAAUAUUUAUUUACAUUAGUAAUUCUUAAUAAGUUCAUGCAUUAAAAAAAAAAUCAGAAUAAAUUUAUUUUUUUAUCAAACACUUCCUUUUAGUGAAUUAAAGACAUUACCGUACUGUUGGUUUAUUAAAUUGUCAAAUACGAUUUAUUAAUUUUGGGUUUUACAUUUUAUUGGGUAUUUUCAAACUAACCAAUACAACUAAUUUUUUCUUUCUGGGGCUAUUGUUCUAAUGUAAUUUUAUCAUAUCACAUAACUUUCAUGGUUUUGAAAUUAAUCAAUAUUGUACUGCAGUGCCUUUUUAUUAAAUUAAGUUAAUCUUAUACUUAUGGAUUUUUUUAAAGAAAAGUAACUUUUUUAAACUAUAGUACUUUUUUAAUUCCCAUUAUGGGGGUUUACAAGAGUAAUCUUACUUCUGUAGUUUGUUUUGUAUCUAUUUUUGUUCAGUGUAUUUAGUAAAAUAAUACAUGUACAAAGAUGGUCUCUCCCCUGUCUUCUUGAUCUCAUCAAUCCAUUUAGUACAUUUUCUCACCUAUUUAUUUCUCUUUUUUUUAUCAAAAGGUUUUUUUUAUAAAACAACCUUUUUGAUAAGAUUUUAUUUCAAUCCUUAAACCAUUAAAUUGUACAUUUUUUCUAUUUUGAAUUAGUGGUUUAAAAUUCGUAAGAAAUUGGGAUAAAAUUUUAAGUAAGACCUUAAUUAAAUCUGUAAAUAUAAGCUGGUUCAUAAGUUUUUUUUACUAAGAUUAAGUAUUUAAUAAAACGUAUUAUGGAUAAAAAUAGUUAAAGUAAAGUACAUAAAUUGCAUUUUGUGUUAAGUUGUGGAACUGUACAAUCGCAUGUUUGUUUAAGGCAGGUCCUGUUAGGUGAAAGUACAAAAUAUUGAUCUGUAGUAGGCAUGUACUGUUCCUGUAUUUAAUUUUAAAUAAGUACUUUAAUCACUAAUGUAGAAAGUAGGGACAUAAUUUUAUAAAAUGUUAUUGGCUUUGUUCGUAUUAACUUGAUACUUAUUCUACACACAAAUUGUAAAAUGUAAAAUUGGUUUUAAGAAAUGUUUGAUUGUUCAAUAUUAAACACUUUUCAUUAUCCUAA